AUGUAUCGCCAAAGUCAUGGCCUUACCGCUGAAACUAAAUGCUACCCGGAAGAAGAUGUGCAUCAACUUAAUCAGACGACUCCUGGACCUGUGGCAGACAGAAUCAGCGUCCAGCAUCCUUCAAAGUUGAACGUGAUGGGAAAUGAUGCCGAGAAUGACAAGCUGAUGAAGCUGAAGAUUUUGUCUUCCAUUGAUGGCAGACAAAGGCAACUGAUGAAAGAAUCGUUUCAGGUCGGUUCAAGAAGUAUGGCUGAGCUUGGAGGACGGCUGUUUUCAAGAAUGGUCCAGCAAAAUCCAUCGCUCAAGAAAGUCGUUCCGUCAACGCGCUACCUAGACGAUUCCCUACUUUCCGAUGAUUCGAACGUCAUAAAUGGAGUUGCAAAAUGCCUCACAGCUUUGCGCGAAUUUGUCGAUGGACUUCUCGAAGGCGACGAAGCUUUGUUGCCACUGAUGGACCGAAUGGCUGUUGCUCACGUGAAGCACCGACUUAACAGAGCUCUUGUUAAG